AUGUCCAUUCAGAAUGUUCUGUUGUCCUCCUACGGCGUGGACACUCUGAAGGCUCCAUUCCAGUGGUUGCAUGCUCCUACCCCCUGGUUUGAGAUUGCUCCUACCUCCUGGUUUGAGAGUGCUCCUACCUCCUGGUUUGAGAGUGCUCCUACCCCUGAGUGCUCCUACCCCUGGUUUGAGAGAGCUCCUACUUCCUGGUUUGAGAGUGCUCCUACCCCCUGGUUUGAGAGUGCUCCUACCCCCUGGUUUGAGAGUGCUCCUACCUCCUGGUUUGAGAGUGCUCCUACCCCUGAGUGCUCCUACCCCUGGUUUGAGAGAGCUCCUACUUCCUGGUUUGAGAGUGCUCCUACCCCCUGGUUUGAGAGAGCUCCUACUUCCUGGUUUGAGAGUUCUCCUACCCCCUUGUUUGAGAGAUCCCCUACUUCCUGGUUUGAGAGUGCUCCUACCUCGAUCUACGGGCCCAACGUGGUACCACAAGACCUGGCAGAGCCCGUUGGCAUGGUGAUGAGCUUCUUCCAGACCUUAGGACUGGCUGUGGGCUCAGCUUUUCUCUGUGCUGACAUUUGCAAUGCCACCCCCAUCACUGGUUACUCCAUCACUGGUUACUCCUCCACUGGUUACUCCAUCACUGGAUACUCCAUAACUGGUUACUGCAUCACUGGUUACUCCACCACUGGUUACUCCAUCACUGGUUACUCCUCCGCUGGUUACUCCUUCACUGGUUACUCCAUCACUGGUUACUCCUUCACUGGUUACUCCAUCACUGGUUACUCCAUCACUGGUUACUCCUUCACUGGUUACUCCAUCACUGGUUACUCCAUCACUGGUCACUCCACCACUGGUUACCCCAUCACUGGCUACUCCAUCACUGGUUACUCCAUCACUGGUUACUCCAUCACUGAUUACUCCAUCACUGGUUACUCCAUCAUAGGUUACUCCAUCACUGGUUACUCCAUCACAAGUUACUCCAUCACACGUUACUCCAUCACGGGUUACUCCAUCACAAGUUACUCCAUCACUGGUUACUCCAUCACUGGCUACUCCAUCACUGCGUUGGACCCUGGUAUUGGUGUAAUGGUGUAUGCCGGCCUGGUGGGGGCGCUGUUACUCUCUGUGGUGCUGGUACUGUGUGUUGGGGUGUUGGCAUACCGACGCAACUGUCAUCAUCUCCACGGUGAUAUCACUGACUCCUCCUCCUCCCUCACCGCCGCCUUCCAUCCCGGCAACUACAAACCACCCAGACAGGACAACCCUCACCUCCUCCACCCCUCUGCGCCCCCAGACCUGACAGCCACAGCGGGUACCUUCAGGGAUCCUCUCUUCUCCCUGCGGCAGGGUGCCAACGAUGGUCACCACAAGAUCCCCAUGACAACCUCUCCCCUGCUGGACACCCUGCCCAGCCUCAAGAUCAAGAUGUACAACUCGUCCACCCUGUCAUCCCUGGAGCUGCCAGCAGACCCUGAGAUCCUCGGCCUGAAGCACGUGGGCGGCACCAUGGGCAGGACAGUGGCAUGGGACAGAGAUGGGUACCACCACGGCGGUCUUCAUACAGUGAUCAGAGAUCCUGGCCACAGCACCUCCGCUACCCUGGGCCACCUGGGGGGACGACUCGGCAUCCCCAACACAGGUGUGAGUCUGUUGGUUCCAGCUGGUACUAUUCCACAGGGGAAGUUCUAUGAAAUGUACCUCAUUAUCAACAAGUCUGAGAAAACUACGUUACCUUCGGAGGGCAGUCAGACAGUGCUGAGCCCGGUGGUGAGCUGUGGUCCAUCAGGCAUGCUGCUGAGUCGACCUGUGGUCCUCACUCUGCCACACUGUGCCCAGCUAGAUACCCCAACACCAGACUGGACCCUCACCCUCAAGACACAGACUCACCAAGGGGCAUGGGAGGAGGUGCUGACGGUGGGGAAGGAGAGUCUAUCGUCCCCCUGCUACCUCCAGCUAGAGGAGUCGAACUGCCACGUGGUGAUGGAGCAGUUGGGGACUUACGGUCUAGUGGGCCAGUCCUGCCCUCCCCAGCCCGCCUGUAAGAGGCUACAGCUGGCCCUGUUCGCCCCCAGAGCCCCCUGUCUCUCCCUGGACUACAUCCUGAGGAUUUACUGCACGCAGGACACGCCACACGCCCAGAGGGAGGUGUUGGAAUUGGAGAGGAGUCUAGGAGGGGUGUUGAUGGAGGACCCUAAACCCCUGCUGUUUAAAGACAGUUACCACAACCUGCGUCUGUCCAUCCAUGACAUCCCUCACUCACACUGGAGGAGCAAACUACUGGCCAAGUACCAGGAGAUUCCAUUCUACCACAUCUGGAGUGGCAGUCAGAGACUCCUCCACUGUACCUUCAGCCUAGAGAGAGGCAGCCUGGCCGUGUCUCAGCUCUCCUGUAAGAUCUGUGUCAGACAGGUGGAAGGAGAGGGACAGAUCUUCCAGCUGCACACUGACAUACAGGAGACCCUCCCGCCCUGCUCCCCUAUCCCCUCCGGGGGCACCUGCCUGCCCUCCUCCCAGGUGGGGCCAUAUGCCUUCCGUCUGCCCAGCACCAUACGACAGAAGAUCUGUGCCAGUCUGGAUGCCCCCAGCGCCCGCGGCUGUGACUGGAGACUGCUGGCUCACAGCCUGGACUUCGACAGGUAUCUGAACUACUUUGCAACAAAGCCCAGCCCCACAGCUGUUCUGUUGGACCUAUGGGAGGCCUGUCACCAAGGUGAUGCGGACCUGGUGUCCCUGGCGACAGCUCUCGAGGAGAUGGGCAAAAGUGAGGUGAUGGUUGUCAUGACGACAGACGGGGACUGCUGA